AUGACACUGAGUUUGAAUUUGUAUGCUGUGGGGGUGAAGCUAACCAAUGAAACUUUGGGCGCUGCAGCUUCGAACAGCCUUCCGGUCCCAACUUUCUUCUUGGCACUUAUUUUCCGAACGGAGAAGUUGGAGCUAAAGAAAAUGAGUGGAAUAGUGAAGAUCUUAGGGGUAUGCCUUUGCGGUGGUGGAGCGGCGACCAUUGCAUUGUACAGUGGACCAACUUUUAAGCUACUGCUACAUCACCACCUCUUCAACUUGCACGGCCACACUGCAUCUCCGGUGGCUUCUUCUUCCGGCAAGAAAUGGAUUAUGGGUGUCAUUUUUACCUUCUUAUCUACGGUUUGUGGGAGUUUCUGGAUGGUCAUACAGAGUGGAGUUCUGAGACGAUACCCUUCCAAGCUUUUGAACACAACUCUUCAGAUUGCCAUUAGCUCUGUUCAAACAUUUGUUGUUGCUCUUAUUUUUGAGAGAGAUUUUGAUCAAUGGAAGCUUGGCUGGAAUUUCGGACUCCUAGCUGUUGCUUACUGUGGAAUUGUUGUGACAGGGCUUGUAGUUUACCUGCAAAUUUGGGUUGUGCACAAGAAAGGUCCUCUCUUCUUGUCAAUCUCUACACCUCUAUCUUUGAUCUUCACCAUGGCUUUUUCUGUAUUCUUCUUCGGAUCCAUUGUUAGUUUGGGAAGUAUUCUUGGAGCGGUGUUCUUGAUCGUAGGUCUGUAUUGUGUAUUGUGGGCAAAGAAAAAGGAGCAAGAAAUGACAGAAAACCGCACUGGUAAUCUAACGAUUGAGAGCGAGAAGGGAUCAGUUGCCGGAUCAUCAGGGUAUGAAUUGACUGAAGAAACCGACAUACCAGCGCCGCAACCUCACCACCAACGUUCAACUUCUCUGGUGUAACGACUCCAUCGAAGGAGAUGAGCUUUUGUUCAGUAACUUUGCAUAUGAGAUAC